UAUAGAAUUCCAGCAGAAAUUCAAUAGAAUUUCUCACAUGAAGGGCUAGAAUUUUCGAUUAAAUUUCUUCGUACGCGUUUUGUUGACUUUAUGUAGCUCUAUUGAUUAAAAGGAAGCUCCACUAAUCCUCGGAUGUUUGGUAAUCUUGGCAUCAGAUCGAUUAUCCGCUCCCCUCCCAACACGUGAUUUGGUGUUGUUCAUUCGUCGAUGUCUCACCACGAAUCAAACUAUUGGAGUCAUAUCAUCAAAAUUCAGUUGCACUCGUUACCACAUUCGCUCGCAAUUUUCUCACAUUCAGUCAACAGUUGAAUCCCUACUUACAUUAACAACAAAUGUUACAAAAUUAAUGAAUCAAUUAAUCCUGAAAUUAGUGAUGCGGAUGGAAGGUCUCACGUGCUACAGAAACGUCAGAAACAAGUGUUGAGAUGAGGUGGCGAUGAAAAUUGAAUAAAAAUCAUGAGAGUUCCCCAUACAAUAUCGAAGAGCGUCAUCGAAGCCUACAGAUGUUCGGGCCAGACAUUAUUACUGGAGUGCGAGCAGGAUCGAAGCAUUCGUGCGGAGAAUGAAACAUGGGAUGAGUCACUCGUGCCUGACUUGAAAACUCUAGCACUUGGGUCGUUGGUGAAACGAUGGCCUCGCAUGCCUAUACUUGAUGAACUUUCAAAUCCGGCGGAUAGGGAUGCACUUUUGGAAUUAUUGCCAGCUGAUCUGCCGUUUGAGAUUGUUAUUCAGGAGAUACCUUAUGAGUUCUACUGGUCACGGGCUGCUAAAGCCAGGUGGGAAUACAAUAAUCCAAAUGAACACGGUAACUCCUGGCGACGUCUCUAUUGUGAGCGUCAUCUCACCGAGUAUUUGGAGUCACUUGAGAAUGUUGAAUCUGAAAAAGACGAGUGCAAGACCCUUAUCAACCUGGUGCAGCCGUACGUCACUACUCUAACGAUUCGGUCAUUGCAGCCAUCCAAAUAUCCGUUCAAGUGGUCUGGGGAUGAUGAUGAGGAUCAGUGCACAGCGGCUGAUUUUCCGGUUCACCACAUUCCCAUGGAUAUCAUUGUCCCGAAAUUGAAGGAGCUCCGUGAAUUGCGACUCAACUUUGGUAUGAUAUACAUGAACGAGGGGUUCGAGUGGCGCGACUUCGAAUUUUCAGUCGAGGAUUGUUUAAAUCUGGGAAAAGGGAUAAAGGAAGCGCGGAAACUCCAGAAGAUCAGUAUCACGCGGAGUAAUCUGGAUCAGCCGCGUGCAGCGGCAUUGCUCCAGGGGAUCGUCGUGAACAACAACAUUCAAGUGCUGGAUUUUUCACAUUGCAAGCUCGGAGACACCGGAGCUCAUGCAAUCGGUGAAUUUUUGAAGAUGCAUCGCCGUCUGAGCGAGCUAUAUCUGACUAACAAUGAUAUCCAGGCGGAUGGGGUCGGUGGAAUUGUCCAUGGACUCCUCCAAGAUUCGUCCACUCCGUUGAGACAUUUGGAUUUGAGAUUGAAUCCACUUAGGGAUGACGGGGGCACCCACAUAGCCGCACUGAUUCUGCGAGUGAAAAAUUUGGAAAAGUUGAAUGUGAGUGGCUGCUGUUUGAAAACUGCGACUGGAAUGGCAUUGGCGGAAGUGAUUGCCUCUGGGUAUGCGAAAAUAUCGUCCUUGGAGAUUGAUGUAUCGAAUAAUAAUAUGGGACCCAUAGCUGGCGAGGCCCUAGACGUCGCAGUCAAGAGUUGUCCUCAGAUAAUCGGAUUGGACGUGAGAAUGUGUAAUUUCUCGAAAGAAUCGGAGUAUCUGAUCAACGAGAGCAUUCAAAGGAACAAAGAGGAAAUGACGAAGAGGAGGAUGAGAUCUACACUUGAGAGUAAACGGAGUAUUUCUUUUAUUCCACUGCGAGCAAAGAGUCUCCUACCACCACCUGGUUUCGAGGACCUCCAAAGACCUCAGUACGACGUUGUGCCUUCUGACGAUGAAUUGGGGAAUUCAUUCUAUACUGAAUUGGGUGACGGAAGUUCAUUUGGAGGUGAGCAGAGAGGAUCUGCGAUGGAGAGCCAGCGGAUGUUUGAUACCAGGUCAAAAGUGUCUGAUGCAGCUGGCGCAUGACGCUACAAAUAAAUCACUCUUUCAGGGAUCAGUUUGGCGUGUGAUUCAUAGCAAGUUACGGGGAUAAUUACAAAUUGGGAUUUCUGAAUUUGAUUUUACGUGCGAAAAAAUUGAGAAUUGGAUUAAAUUGCUAAUGAAAAUUCCAUCCUCUUUGCUUUGAUUUAAACGACUGACAAAACUAUGAUUGAAACAGACGAUAUAUAUUGA